GCUUGUGGAUGAUGUCACUAUAUUUCACGUGUGGGUCGCCUCCUUCCACAACAUUUAGCUUGUUUGUCAACUGAAAUUACAUCUAUUUUUGAUACAGAAACACAAGCAGCGGGACCAUGGCCUCCAGCUGUCGACGUCCUGAGCACACAGCUCCUCCAGAUGUGUUCUACAAUGAAGCGGAGGCAAAGAAAUACUCUCAGAACUCUCGGAUGAUUGAGAUCCAGACUCAGAUGUCAGAAAGAGCUGUAGAGCUCUUAAGCCUUCCGGAGGGACAGCCCUGCUUCCUGCUAGAUGUCGGGUGUGGCUCUGGUCUCAGUGGAGACUACCUGUCAGAGGAGGGACACUACUGGGUUGGAGUCGACAUCAGCAACGCAAUGCUGGAUGUUGCACUGGACAGGGAAGUGGAAGGAGACCUGUUACUGGGGGACAUGGGCCAGGGGAUGCCUUUCCGACCCGGCACCUUUGACGGUUGCAUCAGCAUCUCUGCCCUGCAGUGGCUCUGUAACGCAGACAAAAGGUCGCACAGUCCACCAAAGAGACUCUAUACCUUCUUCAGUACUUUGUACUCCUCUCUGUCAAGAGGCGCUCGUGCAGUUUUUCAGCUUUAUCCAGAAAAUUCAGAACAGCUUGAGUUGAUCACAACACAGGCCAUGAAGGCAGGUUUCAGUGGAGGCAUGGUGGUGGAUUACCCCAACAGCAGCAAAGCAAAAAAGUUCUUCUUGUGUCUGUUUGCUGGAGUAACAGGAGUCCUUCCCAAAGGAUUGGGAUCAGAAACGUCAGACAGAGCUGUUCCAAACCAGGUUCAGUAUUCGGGACAAAGAUGCCGUUUCAAGAACAUGAAGGGGAAAUCAGUGAAGAAGGGGCGAGAUUGGAUCUUAGAGAAGAAGGAGAGGAGAAGGAGACAGGGACGGGAGGUUCGAGCCGACACAAAAUACACCGGACGUCACAGAAGACCUCAUUUCUAGCUCUGACUCAUGCAGCUGUGGCUUCAUUAGCUCUCGUCUGUGCUGCCAGACACAAAGUGGUGGCCUCUAGAGCUGAUUGGACCCGGUUAAUUUUUCAACUCUUUAAUCCAAGUGGAUGAGAUGCCAUGGUGAAAUCUCGUUUUUAUAUUUGGUCCAGCGUUUGUUCCUGGCAAAUUGUGACGAGAUUGGACUCUACGUGUUCAAUUCUUAAACUGGAAGAACAUGAACAAAUGUGUGCGUAGCAGGCAGGUGGAAAAAAAAACAGUGAGGAUGAAGCACAAACAGUGUCAUUAAAACAAAUCUUAUGAAUAACUUGA